CACUGUUGACCUUCAGAAGGAAAAGAGGGAUAUACGCAAUAGGCAGCCUGCUUAGCAGAGGAGAACAAGGAAAGUACAGAGGCAAGAGGGGAAAAGAGAGAGGAGAAAUAAAACUGGGAGAGAAAAUCGGUGAGAGUGAAGUGACAGCUUGAGGAUUCAUCAAAUGAGGGAAGUAACCAGCAACAGGACCAUGAAAGCUGGGCUUGCAUACUGCUCUCUUCUUUUCCUUCUGCUGAUCAUGGAUGUCUCAUGCCAGCGAAAGCCAAAGCCUGUCCGCCCACCUUCCACCAAGAAACCUUCUGCCUCUAAGAAACCUUCCACCCCUGACCCAAAACCAGAGCUGGAACCCCAAGAACCCACAGACUUUCCCCCUCUGAUCCUAGGUCCUCCAUCUGUAUUCUCAGACUGCCCCAUACAGUGUUUUUGCCCCCCAUCAUAUCCAAAUACCCUGUACUGUGAAAACCGCAACCUCCGGAAGAUCCCGAUCAUCCCAUCCCGCACCCACUAUCUUUACCUACAGAACAACUUCAUUGAUCAAGUGUCUGCAGACUCCUUCAACAACUGCACUGAGCUUCAGUGGAUAAACCUGGGAAACAACCGCAUCCGUUCAGUGGAGAAACAAGUAUUUGAGAAGUUGCCAAACCUACUCUACCUCUAUAUGGAGAGGAACCAGCUAAAGGAGGUGCCCAAUGACCUGCCGGUUGCUCUGGAGCAGCUUAGACUCAGCCACAAUCAAAUCUCAAAGAUCCCCUCUGGAGCAUUUAACAAGAUGGAACAUCUCGUACUCCUGGAUCUGCAUCACAACAGGAUUAGUGACAGUGGCUUGAGCAAGAACAUCUUCAAAGAUCUAAAGAACUUAGUUCAACUCAACCUAGCUCAUAACAUCCUCAGAAAGAUGCCCACUAAUAUACCAAAAAGCAUCUUCCAACUGUUCUUGGACAGAAAUAAUAUUGAGGAGAUUCCAAAUAACUACUUCAAGGACUUUGCAAACCUAGCCUUUGUGAGACUUAACUACAACCAGCUUAGUGACAAGGGCCUUCCAAAUAUGGUGUUCAAUGUGAGCUCACUGUUGGAUUUGCAUUUGGCACAUAACAAGCUGAGCACUGUUCCAAUGUUCAACUCUGAGCUAGAGCAACUUCACCUGAACAACAAUAACAUUGAGAGUGUGAAUGGCACAGAGAUCUGCCCCUCUAAUUCUUACAACCUGCAUGAUGAGGACAAUGCACCCAAACUAAGAUACUUGCGGCUGGAUGGUAAUCACCUGAGUCCUCCUGUACCCCUGGAUGUCAUCAUGUGUUUCAGACAUCUACACGCCAUAGUAAUAUAGACAAUGUUAUGAGUCAUGAACAGAUACAUGGCUGUGCACAAUCAGGCCUUCCUGUCUACUUGACAGUACUGAUUGAAUCAAACAGUACCACAAAAAACAAGUAAGGAAUAAAGAAUAAAUGGCAAUGCAUUUUUUCCUUUAUGUUAAGAAAUGUUUUAAUGUGUAACCUAAGAAACUUCAAUGCACCAUAUUUAUUGAACUUCCUGCCUUGAAUACAAUUGAGCAUGAGUAUUCUGCAUUAAAUGUUUAUAUAAUUAUACAGAUGCAGCAGCAAUGUCUAUAAAUGGAUUUAAAUAAACCCUAAAAAUAAAGGUACAUUAACCGACGUACUGUGGAAUCUGUAAGAAGUGUAUUUGUCUAUAGAGGUCAGGUAAUAAAGAGGACUAUAAAGAAAACUACACUGUAAAAUAAUAUUUUGUCAAGUAACACAAAUUCUUGUUUCAUUCAAGUAAAAAAAUAUUAUUGUAUUUGACAGAAUCAACAUGACUUGCAUCAGGUGCAGCAAAAACAUUGUUAUGGGUCAGAUCAGGUAUAGCAAUAGCUCAUUAGGGUAACAACUACAUGUUUUCAAUUUUUACAGUGUAGAUGGACACGACGUGGAAUAGUAGGGAAUGAUAAAAGAGGGAAUAAUGUAACUACUGUGUAGUUGAAAAUGUCCUUAAUGUGCCUGUGUUUUUAAGGUACUGUAUGUAGUCCUGCCUUUAUCUUGUGUGAAAAUGUCUGUAUAAAUAAGUGUUCUAUUCCCUCAGGAAAUUCUUUGAAUAUUAAUUCACUUUCUGACUCAUUCUGUAAGUUCUCUAUAACAGCAUUCAAUUCUGAACAAAUAAAUAAGGACUGUUUAAUUUAUUUAGGC